AGUUUGUAUUGGCUCACUAUAAAAUUAGGUUGUGAAAAGGGGGAACUAAAGACAGAUACUGACUAUCAGCUCUGGCCUCUACAGAUAUUUUUACAUUUCUCGCAACCAGUAAUGACAGACAAUAUUUAGAUAUUGUGAUCUGUAAAUGUGCUCACAAGUAUCAGAGAACAAGAUCUCAACCGAACAGUGAGACCUAUAGUGAGACAGGGAGAUGGCUGGUACACAGUAGAGAGUGACCUGUGGACACAGACAAGAGGACCAGAGAAAGAGGUGAAAGAGGACAGACCCUGGUGUUGUGGUUGAUUCAUUGAGGCAGUGGAGGCAGGAUGUGGGUCCUCAUCUGGGCAGCUCUACUCUUCUCUCUGACAGAGAGAGCAACAUGUCGAAAACUGGCAGCACCACCAACAGCAUCACUCUGGAACAUCACCUUCAGUCCAGCAGAAAUAACAGCAGAGAAGGGACUAUGUGCUGUUAUUUCAUGUACUUUCACUCACCCUGAUAACAUCAAUGCUACCGCUGCAAUAUGGUUCAAGUGCCCUACAAAUGACAGAUGUGAUAAGGAUGAAAACAUAAUUUUACACUCCAAAAAACCCUCUAAAGCUCAGGAGGGUUUUAAACAGAGAGUGUCUCUACUGGAGACUGAUCUGACAAAGAAGAACUGUAGUGUGAUCAUCAACGACAUCAGAGAGAAUGAUGCUGGAGAGUAUCAAUUCAGACUGCCAGGUUCAUAUACAUACUUGAAGAAAGUGAAAAUCACAGUGAGCGCUCUGACCCAGAAGCCCUCAGUGUUGAUUCCUCCUCUGACAGAGGGAGAACCAGCUACACUGACCUGCACCGCCCCGGGGAUCUGCUCUGGAACUCCUCCUCACAUCACAUGGACAUGGAGAGGAACAGGAGACAACAUCACUGAGCUCAGAGACAGCACCACCAUACAGAUGAGAGAGGACCUGACCAUCGAUACAACAACCCACUUCUCAACUUUGACCUUUACCCCCUCAGCUGAACACCACAACAUGAUGGUUACGUGUCAAGUAACCUUCCAGAAAAAAUAUCAAAUUGAAGAGACAGUAACUUUGAAUGUAACAUAUGUGAUAGACCCCCAAAUAACUGGAAAUAAAAUGGUGAAGGAGGAUGGUAUCCUGGAUCUGACCUGCAGUGUUGACAGUUACCCUCCAUCUGACAUCACUUGGAGUAAGAACGGGACAAGUGCCCCACUUCAGAAUUACACUGAAAAUGCCGCUCUCACCAUCUCCAAUGUGACAAGAGAACAUGCUGGGGAGUAUGUGUGUACAGUUCAACACCUCAACCGGACUUUGACAGCUUCCACUGUUGUCACUGUGAUGUACCUUCCCGUGAUUCUUCCUGGCUCUGGGUGUGUGGACCAGGCAGAGGUCAUGACCUGUGUGUGUGUCAGUCAGGGGGUUCCCUUACCCCUCAUAGAGUGGCCACUGCUGGAGCUCAACACAGAGAGGUGCAGCCCCACUACAUCAGUGUUGGGUUCCUCAGUGAACAGCACCAUCAGCCUGCCUGUUGGAAACCACAACAACACCACUGUGGAGUGUGUCAGCAGAAAUGUUGUGGGUGUAGUGACAGAGAAGUUGCAGAUCACGCAAAAAGGAGGGAAACAGAGAGAUAUUUCUGAAGAAUGUGGGAAUGCAGUUCUCCCCUGGACCAUAGCUGGUGUGUCUCUCAGUGUGACUGUAGCCCUUCUCAUCUAUCUGUCUACAAAUGCUUACAUACGAUGUCAGUGGCAAGUGGAAUGUGUGGGUAUCUCGGCCAUGACCAACUCUCCCUGCACAUCUAUAUACCCGGCAUCCACGGAAUCUGGUACUUUGGCCAGCCCUACGCCCAGUUCUUCCCACCUGUGGUGUUCAAAACAUUCACAGACAUUGUGCAUGAAAGUUACAAAGGGCGUACCAAGUUCAUUGGGGACCUGCACCAGAGGAACUGCACCCUGCUCGUCAGUAAUAUAGGUACAGAGCACUCAGGGAGGUACUACUUCCGUGCCGACCAGGGCGGUGCCAACAUCUACACCUACCCAGACUUCUCUGAGCUCAAGGUGCUGGGUAAGCCUGCUGAGAGAACCUGAGCGGCCAUGUUUACAAUCGUUUACAAUUGAAUGUGUCACAUUUAUGGGCUGGAUUGCCCUGACCUGGAACCAUAUCUGUUGUGCUGUUUUGCCAACUACUGUGGACACUGUUUGGCAUGACUGGCAUGACAAUGACAAUAGGAGUUAGCAAGCACAAAUAGAUUUGGGACCAGGCUAGGAUUGCCCUAGCUGUGGUUAUAAUUAUUAACUGACCGUUGUCACCGAACCUGUAGCUUGAAUCCUCAAAUUCUGUGAGAAGCAUGUCAUUUGGACACAACAAGGGGGACAUUAUGUCAUGUGGGGGAUUAUGUUAAUAUAGAAUAACUAAUCCUGCCGACUACGCCAAAUGUAAAAGUAGCAGAGUUACACAUAUUUCUGACUUAGACAUUGUUGAACCAUUGUCAAUAUCUACAGUCAUCCAUUAUUCCCCAACUAUAGUACAAGGAUAGCAACUUGAUUUAGCAAUAUAUUACAUGAUUGUGACAGGGCAUGCAUAGGGGAUAUUACCCUGGCAUCCAAACCUGUUUUUCUACGUUUCACCUUUGUUUUUCUUUGAAACAAUGAUGAGCACAGUGUUGGGUCUGGUUUAACUGUAAAGCUAUCAGUCACUAGUAGAAAUAUUUACAACUGCAAUUAUGUUACGUAAACUUAGGGGCCUCCCAGGUGGCGCAGUGGUCUAAGGCACUGCAUCGCAGUGCUAGCUGUGCCACCAGAGAUUCUGGGUUUAAGCCCAGG